AUGCAAAACAAUGAAACACCUGCAGGAGGACCACAGCGUGGUCAAAGGACGAUUUUUACAGGUCCGGAUGGAAUUGGAGACUACAGGCCCAGAUCUAAUUAUUUUUCCACGUACAUCGGCGUGGGCGAUGCUUCACCUGAGGCCACAGGUGACCUCAGUUACUUGUGCCGAGCUGCGUCACUAGCCCACCCACCCAUGCCCAGGCAGAGCUAUGUGGGGGAGGUGGGCUGGGGAUGGCAGCAUAACCAGCUGUUGAACAGUGGGACGCUGCUCAGCAAUAUGCAAAUUAAGAAAACUGAGUUGCGGGCAGCACUGGAGGACAGAGUCACCCAAAGGUUUCAGAAGAAGUAA